AACACCGGAGAGACCCACAGAGGGACGUGAGCCACAUUGCGGUGAUCGCCACUACUAUUUGAAGAGAAGUCCUUCAACAUUUCCACAGCAAGGGGUGCAGCGUGAGGGGGAAGAGCUGAUGAGGUGAAGAAAGCCAAAGGAGGCCACUGUGGUUCGCCUGCUCUCUCUCGGCCCUGAUUCUGAGUGACCGCUGCUCACUCCCGCUUUUCACUUCGAGAGGAGGCUUGGCUCCCUCUGGGUGCAAGAAACACAAUGUGCCAAAACUGGAGAGGAUCUACCAGCGCCCCAUAGUCCGCCAAGCCUCUCGUGAACCCUCCCCUCUAGUCUUGAGGACCCUCCUGAUCCCCCACAUUGCCCACUGGCCAAGAUGAAGAAUGUGGCAGCAUGGUCUGCAGAAGAUGUCUAUGACUGGCUGAGCAAAGAGGGGAUGCUGGAGUACAUCGACGCCCUCCGUCAGACGGACGGUCCCGGUCUGCUCAGGCUCAACGAGGCAGAUUUCCACAGGUCCCCCUUGUCGCUCGUGUCGUCUGACGGCGGGCAGCAGCUGUUGGAGCGACUGGAGACGCUGCGGAUAGAGACUCACAUCGAGGAUCACAAAAACGGCCACGCAAACGGACACGCUGGGGGGCUACCUAACGGGACUAGCAAGCCUCAGAGGAACGGCAUGAAGGACUACAGGAUGGAGAUGGUCCACAUCCCCAUCCCUAUGAACGAAACCACGCGGCCCUGCUUCCCGACCGAGUGGGGGAAGACGGGCAUAGCGUUUGCCUACGCGGUGGUGUGCUUUGUUACCACCACCAUCGUAAUUUCAGUGGUCCACGAGAGAGUACCGCCAAAGGAGCACACCCCCCCGCUGCCCGAUAAGUUCUUUGACCUGUUCAACAGGGUGGAGUGGGCCUUCUCCAUCUGUGAGAUUAACGGCAUGCUGCUGGUGGGACUCUGGCUGAUACAGUGGAUUCUACUCAAGCACAGGUCAAUUAUAGGCAGGCGAUUCUUCUUCAUUGUUGGCACACUCUAUCUGUACCGGUGUAUUACAAUGUACAUCACCACUCUGCCUGUUCCCGGGAUGCACUUCAAAUGCUCUCCAAAGCUUCUCGGGAACUGGGAGGCGCAGAUGAGGAGAAUAAUGAAGAUGAUUGCUGGUGGGGGCCUCUCCAUCACAGGGUCCCACACCAUGUGUGGAGAUUAUCUGUACAGUGGCCACACAGUCAUGCUAACGCUAACAUACCUCUUCAUCAAGGAGUAUUCCCCCAAGCGGUUCUGGUGGUACCACUGGUUCUGCUGGAGCUUGAGCGCUGUUGGGAUUUUCUGCAUCCUCCUGGCUCAUGACCACUACACUGUGGAUGUGGUGGUUGCAUAUUUUAUCACUACACGCCUCUUUUGGUGGUACCACACCAUGGCCAACCAGCAGUCGCUGAAGGAGACAUCGCAGAGUAACCCGUUCUCGCGGGUCUGGUGGUACAGACUGUUCCAGUUCUUCGAGGAGAACGUCAGCGGGAUGGUUCCUCGUAACUAUCAGCUGCCGCUGUCAUGGCGGUCGCUGCAGUGGAGCCGCGGCGUGAAGUACAGCAAACUGGAGGUCCAGUGACCCAAAUCAUUCAAAGCCGGCGAGGACUAUGACUUCCAAAAGGGCUGUUUCUCCCCGAGGAGGGCGGCACGCUUCAAUGUAGCGCUGUCCUGUCACCUCUAGGAAACAGACCCUGUCCAAAUGGGUAGCACUGUGACCCACUUAGUAUUUUUGUUUCUGUUAGUGUAUAUAUAUUUUGUUUCUAUUUCUCUUCUGGUAGUAUCCGUCAACACAGAGCACUAAUUUAUAUUUGUUUUGUGUCUUCUUCCUCGUGGGUCACAGAUUACGAAGCAUUUCCUCAAACUACUAAAAUAUUUUUGGCCUCAAGGACUCAAACGUUUUUUUCUCUGCACAAAACCAUAGUUAAUGUCUUCAUGUUCUUACAAGAUUUUUCAGUGCAAAUGGUGUCAAUCAAAUUCUGAUUUGAUAAGCAAAAUGCCAUAAGCACAUUUUUGUUGUUUUCUUUUUAUAGCAAAUUACUUUUUGUAAACGGUCCUUGCUAAAAUGAGUCAAAGGUGCAAAAAAUAAUGUUUUUAAGUAUGUCAAACUUUAUUUUUCAAAAACAAAUGAUGUCCAACAAAAGAUUUUUAGAUUUUUACCUUUUUCAAGAUGGAUAACUGAGAGCAUAAGAAUCCGAUGUGGUGUAACAUUAUUCCAGUGCCUUUCUUAGCUUGAUUGUAAAACAGUUCAAGUACUAUGUGUCUUGUGUCUCUCGGCGAGUACGAGGCGGUACUUGGUUAACAGUCUCGUUCCCAUGAAUGUAAAAACAACUACGCCAGCCUUACCAGAGAAUUGGUUUUCCCAAAAUUCAGUGCAGUGAGUGAUAUGUCCCGUUUAUUUAUUAAUGCUUGACAAUGUCUAUUCGUGCUUAGUUUGUUAAUGCAGAAAAAAUGACUGUUAAUUGUGUAUCCUUUUUUUAAAUGUCAGUAUCAUUUAAAUGUACCAAUCAGUCUUUAACCAGCACCAGCCAUGAAAGCCCGAUCGUUGAUGUUCAGUUGUAUGCUGGUUUUACUUUCCACCACUAGUUAUCUGCUAAGAAUCACUGCCUGGUUGGAAAAUGAAGAUGUUUCUCUGCUUCUCGACAUGUCUUUUUGCAUCAUAGCAGCGUCUCUUGCUCAGUUAAUGAACCCCACGCUUGUUCCCCACAUCGAGUCCCAUUUUAGAUCCUGAAUGAUCUCCAUUACUGUCUGGUCUUAUAACCUCUGGUGGUGGUGAGGAGAUCUAGAGGAUAGUUGUGAUCUGAGUUUUGGGAAUGUCAGAAAAACAGAAGCUUGAGGUAAAGUUUCUGAGCAUGUCUGUAAUCUCUACGGUUUAUCUCCGACUAAAUCAAGCUGCUAUCUUCCAGUUUUAAGACGGUGUAUGUUCUACACUGCUUCCUUUUUAGUGCUACGCCAAAUCUAGAAGUAGCUAACACUCAACGUGGAACCUGUGUGUGGGGAAGAGGCUGAAGCAUGACGCACAGAGCUGGUUUGGCCCGGGCCGUUUCUCAUUGUCGAGUAACCUGCUGCAGAGCCACUAUUUCAAGUAUACUACGUCAUCGAGUGGCGCCACUCGAUGACGUAGUAUACUUGAAAUAGUGGCUCUGCAGCAGGUAUACUCAACAUUGAGAAACGGCCCCUGUGUGUGUGUGUGCAGGAAAACAUUGAUUUCCAUGAAUGUGAAAAUGCGUACUUAUUGAUAAUCCUAAUUAUGUUGAAUUUUGCUUUAUAACUGACUGAACUGUAAAGAGUAAAUAUUGCACACGUUUAUCUAUAGAGGGAAAGAUUGUGGAAUUUCAAAUUAAACUGAAAAGCUUUGAGGAAGAAAAACUGCACUAAGCUUUAGAUUAUACAAAUCCCAAAUAAAUAAAAGUUAUGUAUCUUUCUUUGAGUUUUCAAAAGAAGAGCGUGAGUAUAACAUUAUUUCUAAGAGUCUAAUUAAUUUCAAUGCCAGCAAGAGUCUUAAUGUUUAAGACAAAUGACAGUCCAGGCGUACCCUCCUUCCUUUACAAUCAUUUCACUUUAACAGAACGGUUUCUCUUUAAGAGCACAGCAGGUUCCUCACAUUCGGCUUCGUUUUGCUUUUAGAUAGUGUUUGAAAUAUCAGCCCUAACACGGCUCUCUCAUAAUGUUUCGAGAGCUUUGAUAAGGAUGACGGUUUAAGUUUUUUUGUAUUUUAGUUUGCCAAUCAAGUAGUUUUUUUUUUUAGUUUUUUUAACGUUCGUCAUCCUAUAUGUUCCUCUGUAAACUUCUCACCCAUGUUGUCCUUUGUUUGUGCAUAUACCAGAUGUUUGUAAGAUAUGAUAAAGGAUUGUACUUGGGAUGCUUUUGAAUAAAACCUUUUACUAAAAUGUA